CGAAUUUCAAAUCCGCACCUCUGAAUUCCUCCGACCUCCUCCCGAACGGUAAAUUAGAGCGAAAAUUUCAUUAUUUCAUGUUUCUUUGGACCUUUGUGCGAAAGUAAGGUUUUUCUUCGGUGAAUUUCUGUGGAACUUGGUAAAGUCUCCGGAUAUUCAAUCUGGCAAUGGACUACGAACCUUUCGAUAGCAGCGGAACCGAUGAUGAUCUUCCUCCGUCACAUCAAAAGAGAAUUCCAAGAGGUGUUGCAGGAAACGGAAGAUCUGCCCAAUAUCCAACAAUGUAUGAGGAAACUGAUAUGGAAGCCCAAAUUCACCUCCUUGAACAAGAAGCAUACAGUUCAGUUUUAAGAGCCUUUAAAGCUCAAGCUGAUGCUAUUACAUGGGAGAAGGAAAGUCUAAUUACUGAACUCAGAAAAGAACUAAGAUUAUCGAAUGAAGAACACAGGGAGCUUUUGGGCAAAGUAAACACAGAUGAUGUUAUCCGUAGAAUAAGGGAGUGGAGGCAGUCUGGUCAAGUUAUUCAUGAUCCAUCAUCACCCAGUCCCUCUGUCUCAGCAUCUUGUAAGAACCCAAACCCAAACCAACCAUCUUCCUCAGCUGCUAGAAGAGCACCUUUGACAGGAACCAAGCUCAAAAAUAAGAAAUCUAUGAUGGGGGGUGGGGCUGGAGCAUCUUCAAUGAAAAUGCAGUAUCCUUCCUCUUGUGGCCCCACUGGAAGCGGAAGAGGGGAAGUUGGUAAUCGUGUCACUUGUGAUGCACUUGUUAACGAGACAGCAUCAUUGAUUGGGAGAAAAGUGAGAACGAGGUGGCCUGAUGACAACAACUUUUAUGAAGCUGUUAUAACGGAUUAUAAUCCUAUUGAGGGUCGACAUGCAUUAGUUUAUGAUAUACAUACCGCAAGUGAGACUUGGGAAUGGGUUAAUCUUGCAGAGAUUUCGGCGGAGGAUAUACAGUGGGAAGGGGAAGACCCUAGAAUUCCUUACAAAGAGAAAGGUGGUUACAAGCGAUUAGGAUUAGGAAGAGGGCGAGGGAUGACAUUGACAAAAGCACUGACAAGAAAAGAAAAAAAUUUCCCAAUCCCACCAUCACAAAAUGGCAUAGGAAAGAACCCUCCACAUGAUAUUCGAUUACUUCACACUGAUGCUCUAAUAAAAGAGGUGGAGAGGGUGUUCGGUUCUGGUCAUCAAGAUCCUCUUGAAAUAGAGAAAGCUAAGAAAUUGCUCAAGGAACAUGAACAGGCGCUUGCUGAUGCCAUUGCCAGGCUUGCUGAUAUAUCCGACGGUGAAACUGCUACUUUUUUUAAUCAUAAAUCAUAAUCAUACAAACCGUGGUACACAAAAAAGUUUCGAUUCUUUUGCUAAAAAUGGAUGAAGGUGGUUGGUUCUUGCAUGGGCAGCUGAUGAAUCAAGAAUGACAAUUAUGCCCUCAUCCUCAUGUGUGCCAAAACAGAUUUUAAUGAGCACUUGCCCAAAAUGUGACCGUGAAGGCAAAGAUAAUCUAUAUUUUGCACAUUUAAAAUCAAUCAUAGAUUUUAUACUAGCCAGGGAAUUGUUGUAAAAUGUGAUAAAUCUCCAGGUUUAUGAAGUUACUGCUUGUAAUGUGUAUUUAUUAGUUUUUGGGGAAGGGGGUAG